AAGACGUUUUUGGGGUCUCUGGAACUUCGUAUAAUUUCCAGUCAACAAUUCAUCCGGCUUAUAUUCGUAAAAUUAGUUUUAUUAAUUCGAGUUUUCCCGAAAUCCCUGCAGGAAUGUUUACUUAUUUUACUAAUUUGAACGAGUUAGACUUCAAAAACACUUCAUUGAAAAAUACGAACGACUACUCAUUCAAUGGUGCCAGACUUAUAAAUACACUUUAUUUGAGCUACAAUCAUCUCACAAAAUUGUGUAAUAUGAUGUUUUACGGCGCUUUUGAAUUAGGGUACAUAGAUUUAAGUCAUAAUCAGUUAAAUGAUGUUGAAGAAUUAGCUUUUUACGGUUUGAAAAUGUUGAAUUCAUUAGAUCUUUCGCAUAACAUGUUAAAGACACUUCCUGAAAAAUGUUUUAAUUCGUUAGAAGGAUUAUAUUCUUUAAGUCUAUCACAUAACUUUUUAGACGACAUUCAAGAUGAAAUGUUUAUUGAUAACCUUUUCUUAACAAAAGUAGAUUUCAGCAACAAUUCUCUUACACAACUUGAUAAGAAAAUAUUUCGGUACAAUAAAAAUAUACGAAUAUUAAAUGUAGCAGAUAACAACUUAGUAGACGUUGAAUUUUUGAAUUUUAUGGACAAUAAUCGCUUAGAAGACUUGACUUUGUCCAAUAAUGUCCUUUCAUCCUUUAAUUUUAAAAUCCUUAGGACGAUGAAAAACUUACGCAAACUUAAUAUAUCUUAUACCGGUCUGGAAGUUCAAGAAAUCGAACUGUUUGGACUGAAAAAUUUAUAUUUACUUGAUUUGUCUGGAAACAAAUUGAAUAACCAACAUAUGAAUACUUCCUUUACCUUAGAAAAUCUUACAAUAAUGUUUUGUAAUUCAUGUGGAUUAACAACUUUGGAUUAUAAAACCGUUUUGAAAAUUUAUCCAAAUUUAAAGUAUAUUGGAAUAGCUGAAAAUGAGUGGCACUGUAGUUAUCUGAAACAAUUAGAACAUAAUUUUAAAAAAUGCGGAAUAGAAAUGGAUGAAACAAACUCAAGUUGCACAAAAUCUUCAAACCACUCAAAAGUUAACGAAAAACAGGAUUCAUGCAUUGACGAAUUAGCACUUGCACGAAUUCAAACAAAAAAACGAAUUGAUAAUAGAUUAUCACAUAUAAAGGAACAGAUGAAAACGGAAAUUACUGAAUAUAUGUUGAAAAAAAAUGCGGAAUUAACUGAUGCUAUUAUAAAAAAUACCGAAAACUUGUUGAACAAUAUUUAAAAAAUUUCAAAAGUAAUAACUAAAAGUUCACAUGUAUGAUAGUAAAAAUCAUAAAUAUUGUAACUUAAAAAUGAUAGUAUCAAAAUAAUUAAUUAAUU